AACCCCAUUUGGUCAACCACACCAGAUCGAAACCCACACAUCAAAAAUCAAAAUCCCUAAUUAGAGCUCUGAUCCCCAAAUUCACAGUGCUCCAUACCAAAAUUCGAUCUUUUCCCUUGUUUCGCUCACCGUGGCUUCCUCCUCAGGAUCGUCGGGGUUGACUCGAAGAAAGACUUCUUCUUCCCCUUCAUCUUCUUCUCCACCUUCAGCUGGGUCCACUCGGGUCGUUCUUAGAGAAUCCAGAUCGACUUCUCAGUCUGAUCUUCCUUUUUGGCAACAGAACUGGUUCAUUGGGUUGCUAUUCGUCAUGGCUAUUGGUUUCUUUGCUCUCGCUCUUUUCCUUUUCCUUAACCUCGAUCUCGAAAACAACUACGUUUCCUCGGCUACUGCGGCCACUUCUGAGGGUGUCGAGAUCACUUAUGGAUCGGUGCUUAAGCUGAUGCAUGAGAAGACCAAGUUUCGCUUGCAUUCGCAUGACGUGCCAUAUGGUUCUGGCAGUGGGCAACAAUCGGUUACUGGUUUUCCCAACGUUGAUGAUGCCAAUAGCUAUUGGAUUGUUAGGCCAAUACCUGAAACUUCUGCUAAACAAGGUGAUUCCAUCGAAAGUGGCACAGUCAUUAGGUUGCAACACAUGCGGACCAGGAAAUGGCUACACAGCCAUUUGCACGCAUCCCCAAUUACAGGCAACCAAGAGGUAAGCUGCUUUGGUGGGGAGAAUGAGUCUGACACUGGUGAUCAUUGGAGGCUUCUAGUCGAAGGAAGUGGGAAGACGUGGAAGCAAAACCAAAGGAUUCGCCUUCAGCACAUUGACACAGGUGCCUUUCUACAUAGUCAUGACAAAAAGUAUACACGGAUAGCUGGAGGACAGCAGGAGGUUUGUUCUGUCACAGAAAAGCGUCCAGACAAUGUUUGGUUGGCAGCGGAAGGCGUCUACCUCCCCGUCACUGAAACCAAGUAGAAUUUGAUCGUGUGACCAUGAAUUUGCUACUCUGUACAAAACAGGUACAUGGGUUUUGGCUUGUUUUGGUGGAUGGUACCUUGUCUCGUAACAGUUGUAGAUGCUUUACUACUAAAUGAAAGAGGACACCUCAUUAAAAUUAGUAUUUUAUGUAGUUUCGCCCCUCUCUAAUAUGAGGAAAAAAGACACGUCGUUCCCUUUUUACGGGGAAAGUCGACAUUUUAUGAUAUGAUAUGUAAGAUGUAUCCCGGUACGGUACCAAAUAUGCAUUAUUUUCUAUGACCUAGAGUUUCUCUUAUCUAUACUCUUGGAUCCUUUAUCAUUAUCAACUAAUAUUAAUAAUUAUUUUUUGAGAGAUUAAAGCUA